AUGGCGCAACUGGACACUCUCGACUUGGUGGUCCUGGUCGCUCUCUUGGUGGGUAGCGUUGCCUACUUCACCAAGGGAAGCUACUGGGCCGUUCCUAAGGACCCUUAUGCCACCUCAAGCGCUACUCAGAAUGGUGCCGCCAAGAGCGGCAAAACUCGCAACAUCGUGGAGAAGAUGGAGGAAACGAACAAGAACUGUGUGAUUUUCUAUGGUUCGCAAACCGGUACUGCGGAGGACUAUGCAUCGCGUCUGGCUAAGGAGGGCUCUCAGCGCUUCGGUCUCAAGACCAUGGUCGCCGAUAUUGAGGAUUAUGACUACGAGAAUAUUGACAACUUCCCCGAGGACAAGGUCGCAUUCUUUGUGCUGGCCACCUAUGGUGAGGGUGAACCCACUGACAACGCUGUGGAAUUCUACCAAUUCUUCACCGGGGAGGACGUUGCUUUCGAGAGCGGUGCCACCGGCGAUGACAAGCCCCUCUCGUCCAUGAAGUACGUCGCAUUCGGUCUCGGUAACAACACUUAUGAACACUACAACGCUAUGGUCCGUCAAGUCGAUACCGCCUUGACCAAGCUCGGUGCGCAGCGCAUUGGUGACGCUGGUGAGGGUGACGAUGGUGCCGGUACUAUGGAGGAGGAUUUCCUCGCCUGGAAGGAGCCCAUGUGGGCCGCUCUGUCCGACGCCAUGGGUCUCCAGGAACGCGAAGCUGUCUACGAAGCGGUCUUCUCUGUGAGCGAGGAAAAUGACAAGUCCCCGGAGGACGAGUGCGUAUACCUUGGUGAGCCGACUGCUGCCCACCGGGAGGGACGCGCCAAGGGUCCCUUCUCUGCCCACAACCCGUACAUUGCCCCAAUCGUCGAAUCCAAGGAACUCUUCACUGUUAAGGACCGUAACUGUCUGCACAUGGAAAUCGGCAUUGCCGAUAGCAACCUCAGCUACCAGACCGGUGACCACAUCGCUGUCUGGCCUACCAACGCUGGUGCCGAGGUCGAUCGUUUCCUCCAGGUCUUCGGUAUUGAGGACAAGCGUCACUCGGUCAUCUCCAUCAAGGGCAUUGAUGUCACUGCCAAGGUUCCCAUCCCGACUCCUACCACCUACGAUGCCGCCGUCCGCUACUACAUGGAAGUCUGCGCCCCCGUCUCUCGUCAAUUCGUCUCGUCUCUUGCUGCCUUCGCCCCUGAUGAGGCGAGCAAGGCCGAACUCGUCCGCCUCGGUAGCGACAAGGAUUACUUCCACGAGAAGAUUUCCGAAAAGUGCUUCAACAUUGGUCAAGCCCUCCAGAGCAUCACGUCCAAGCCGUUCACUGCCGUUCCUUUCUCGCUGCUCAUUGAAGGUCUCAACAAGCUCCAGCCCCGCUACUAUUCUAUCUCCUCCUCAUCUCUGGUUCAAAAGGACAAGAUUAGUAUUACCGCUGUUGUCGAGUCUGUUCGCCUGCCCGGUGCUUCGCACAUGGUCAAGGGUGUCACCACCAACUACCUCCUGGCCCUGAAGCAGAAGCAGAAUGGCGACCCCUCUCCCGAUCCUCAUGGCAUGACUUACUCGAUUACCGGUCCCCGUAACAAAUACGAUGGUAUCCACGUGCCGGUUCACGUCCGCCACUCCAACUUCAAGCUCCCCUCCGACCCCUCCAAGCCUAUCAUCAUGGUUGGCCCUGGUACUGGUGUUGCUCCUUUCCGUGGAUUUAUCCAAGAACGUGCUGCUCUCGCCGCUAAGGGCGAGAAGGUUGGAACCACACUUCUGUUCUUCGGAUGCCGUAAGAGCGACGAGGACUUCCUCUACAAGGAUGAGUUCAAGAUCUACCAAGACCAAAUGGGAGACUCCCUCAAGAUCAUCACCGCCUUCUCCCGCGAAGGCUCCCAAAAGGUCUACGUCCAACACCGCCUGAAGGAGAACGCCCAGCUAGUCAGCGACCUGCUGAAGAACAAGGCCAACUUCUACAUCUGUGGUGACGCCGCCAACAUGGCCCGCGAGGUCAACUUGACUCUCGGCCACAUCAUCGCUGAGCAGCGUGGCCUCCCUGCCGAAAAGGGCGAGGAGAUGGUCAAGCACAUGCGCAGCAGUGGCAGCUACCAGGAGGAUGUCUGGUCAUGA